AUGAGUGAUGAGGAGUACGAUGAGUUCGGGAACCUCAUCGGGGGCGAUUCCCAAUCAGACUACCUGGAUACUGAGGCAUCUCCAGCGUUAGUGUCGGAUGCGUUAGUGGCUCAUCAACCCAAUGUAAUUGUGGCUACGCCCCAGACCACCGUCGCUGACCACCUUGAACCAGUUAUACGUCCCAAAACGGCUCGCCAAUUAGUGGUUGAUGCCCUGAAUUCCUUGGCUACUGCCUACUCUAAAGAGUAUAUGGUACAGACGAUGACAUCACUACCUGACCGCCAGAGGAACGUGAUGGUAGUGGGGCUGAUGGGGUGUGGCAAAACACUGGUGGUGGACAUGUUGGUGCAACAAGCCCAUCCUGAUGAGAAAAUCAGUGGUUUCACUCAUCUUACUCAGUUGGAAAGACAACGACAGAUGACGCUUAGUACGUACCCGGUCACCGUAUUACUUCCCAAUUUGGAUGAUCAGUCGUACGUGGUGACUAUCCUCGAUACUCCCGGUCACCCUGACUUCUACGCUGAUGUCGAAGCGUUAUACGCCGGUGACUGUUGUGUGACAAUUGCUAUUGAUGCCGUAGAAGGCCUUGGACCCUACGAUAAGGUGCUUAUCGAUAACGCCUUGAAAAAUAAGCUUCCGUUAUCGGUGAUCAUUACAAAGAUGGACCGCAUCAUCCUCGACUUGCGGCUAUCACCAGACGACUGUUAUAGCAAAUUACGGUAUGUCAUUGACGAAAUACAAAGCUACGUUGCCACUAACGAAUACAAUCAGGAGCUGAAAUACGCCGUAACCAUGGACGACGUGGUGUUUAGCAGUGCUAAGUUUGGGUUUAUGUUCUCCAUUGCCAGUUAUGUCCGCCAACUAUCACAAACACAGCCAGAUGUUGGUGGCUUACGACGGUGUCUAGCUCAGGGUUAUUGGUAUAAGGAUGGCGAGGUCAGCGCGAAAAAGACGGCUGGUUCGGUUCUGGCGUUCACUGCGUUCAUCCUUAACCCGUUGUAUAAGGUGUUCACUCAUACCCUUGUCCAUAACCAAGGCGAUAAAGCGUUGCCUAAAUUGCUUUGGGAUGAGUUUAACAUCUCUUUCCCCAAGUCCACAUAUGAGAAAGACCCUGCUCAUUUAUUGCGGGAUAUUUUGCGAGAGAUUUUCAUCGGCACUCAGUCAUAUAUCGAUGUGUUGCUGCGACAAACUCCACCGUCGUCUCAUAAAGUUGAGGAUUCCACAGUGCUUGGCAAAGUGCUUCGCCUUGUUCGGUAUACUGACGAAAAACACCUCGCGUUAGUUAAACUACAACGCUCGGUAUCUAAGCGACAACGGGUCACUGUGAUUGCUGGUGAAGUUAAUAAGGAGAACUCGCGGACGGAGACUAUCAAACAAGUAAGUCUCGGGUGCGGUCCUUACAGUAUCUCCUUAGAUGAGGCUCCCGAGGGAAGCAUUGUGCUUAUUGAAGGCAUUGAUGCCACCAUCGUCAGCUCGGGUUACAUUUGCGAACAGUUCCCCUCGCAACCAGAGAUGUUUCCUAAACCACCUAACUUCUGGCUUUCCCUGGUUCUUAAAGUGGCCAUUGAGCCGAUGGACUCUGCCGACCUUCCCAAAAUGACGGAACGCGUCCGCUGGGUGCUGCGUGAGUUUCUUGCUGCUGAAGUGAAAGUAGAGCUUCUGGGAGAGCACACGAUUUUCGCUACCGGUGAGUUAUACUUGGACUGUCUUCUUAGUCGAAUCAGAGGCGCUGAUAAUGAUAUCCAAUUGCGAGUGACCAUUCCGCUGGCUCGCUUUUCGGAAACGGUGGAGGCCCUCUCAGUGGCUAAGAUAGAGACUACCUCAAAACAAAACCUGUUCACGGUAAUGGCCGAGCCCCUCCAGGACAAAAAGCUCUCGCGCGCUAUCGCUGAAGGCAGGUUCGAAUUGAAGCCAAAUCAACCGGUGAAAACCACCGCCAAAAUCCUUAGAAAAGAAUACGGUUGGGACGCCUUGGCAGCACGGUCGCUUUGGUGCUUUGGUCCUCGUGAUAAUCAACUCCCUUCCCUUUUGACAGAUGAUACUUUGGAAGGCGAGACUGAUAAGGCAUUACUCUACUCCGUUAAGGACUCGGUAACCAUGGGGUUCCAAUGGUGUGUGUCUGAAGGACCCCUCUGCGAUGAGCCGAUAAGAAACACUCACUUCCGCAUAGUCGACGCUACCCUUCUGGAUAAAGAGAUCUACCGCAGUACCAGUACCAUUGUCCCACUCGUAAGAAAGGCAUGCUGUGCUGGGUUUAUGACGGCGUCGCCCCGGCUUAUGGAACCAAUCUACCGUAUCGACAUUGUCUACUCGGGAGUUGCUGGCAACAGUCACGCGUUAUACGGAAGCAUCAAGAAGCUUGUGAUGGCCCGACGGGGCGAAAUUACUUUCUCUGAAGAGAUACCCGGAUCUCCGUUGCAUAGAAUGUUGGGGUAUGUCCCCGUCAUCGACUCUGUGGGUCUUGAGACUGACAUUAGAGUUCGUACUCAGGGGCAGGCGAUGUGCUAUCUCUCGUUUUCCGAGUGGCUGGUAGUUCCCGGUGAUCCCUUAGAUGCUGAUGUCCACGUGGAACCGUUACUGCCGGCUACUGGUGAUGCUUUGGCUAGAGAUUUUGUGAUGAAGACAAGAGCUCGUAAGGGGCUCAAUGAUGCCCCCAGCUACCAUAAGUAUAUAGAACCUGAAGUCUACGAACAUCUUCAGGACAAUGGCCUCUUACUUUAA